AUGGAAGUCGCUGGCCAGAAUGCUGUCGUGUACGACGAAGACGAGGCGUUGAAACACUUGUAUGAUGUCUUUGGAGCUUCGUGUACUCUUGACAAUAUAGCGUAUGCGUAUUGCAAGGCGAAUCGGAAUAUAGAUUUGGCGGGGGAAAUUUUGUAUGAUAUGAAGGGGGGUUCCUCGACUUCUGGGAAUCACUCGUCUAACUCGGAUGCGAAAGUGGAAGAGUUGUCAGAAUCAUCUGAUGGACUUUCCUCUGAAAAUUCAUUUCGAGGAAGGAAAGGCUUUAAGCCGAAGGUUCGCCCUGUUUCAGCGGGCACUGUUUCGAGCGUUAUUGGUAAAAGUUAUGUUAAACCCACGGUAUCUGGUAAUGGGUAUAACGGUAUGACUAAACCGCCAAAGUUGGAUGCGAGGACGAUGCCAAUGACUGGAAUCUGGCGUGAAAAGAGCGCGCCAAAAGCUGAUUCUUCAAAGAAUCAGCUUCAAGAGGACAUGGAGGAGUUUUUGUUUAAAAUGCUUGGAGAUGGUUUUAAGCUGGAAAGGAAUGUCAUUCGCGAAGUUCUAGGUACUUGCGGGUAUGACAUGAAAAAGAGCUUGGAAAACCUGCUAGAUCGAUCGGCGAUGGCUUUGGACAAAAGGCCAGCUGAUGUUCGUGAUGCAUCUGGGAAGGUUGCAGAUAUGAAAAGAAAAUCUGAAGCACCAGGAUUUGAAAAACAGUCUAAGGAUUUAAAUUGUAUCAGAGGUAAUGGAAACACAGUUUCAGCUAAAGAAGUGGAACUACAUCAGCGGCAAAAAGAGAGACAUGACAUUCAGAAAGAAGUCUGGUCUAAUUUGUUUAGUUACCGCGAGUAUGUUGAGGAGCCUCGUAAGAGGUUUGUAAGGGGUGAGAAUACAAGUUCAGCCUAUGGAGUUGGACAUGUGGUGUUUGAACCUCCCGAAGAUUCAAUGGAGGAAUACAAGAUAGACACGGACUUCAGGAGACGAGAUAAUGAAGAUGAUGCUGAGGAUGAAGCAGAUUACCAAUGCGUGCGAAAAGCUGUGAAGGAAUAUCGGGCGACAAUGAAGGAAUACUAUAAAGCUGCUGUUGAAGCAUUUGCGAAGGGAGACCAAACAAAAGCUGAAAAACUUCUUGAACAGGGACAAUUUUACAAGAAUAAGGCACGUGAAGCUGACGAAGAAUCUAGCAAAAUGAUUCUUAAAACUAGGGAUUCAGAACCCCUAGAAAUGACACUCGACUUGCAUGAGCGUGAUCCAAAGGAUGCUGUCAGGCUACUGAAGUGUCAUCUUUCUUCUCUUUCUGGUUGCUCAUCAUUCGACCACCUUAAGGUUAUCUUUGAUGCAAAUGACCAAGCUAACAAAAAAAAGUCUUGCAGACGACUGGUAUUAAAACUAUUAGAGCAGGAGUCUAUAAAGUGGGUCGAAGGAGAAAUGGCUGGAACAAUAUUGAUCCGCUUAGAUAACAUUGACCGAAAACAGUUGAGUUUUUUCAAAGCAUAG